AUGGGUCAAACAAUGUACUUAGCCCAAGGGGAUAUGAAAGUUGAGGAAGGUAUUAGCCAGGUGACCAAGAGAGUGAAAGAAAUGGCAGCAUUGUCCUGUGGUUACAACAUUUCUGUUGAAGAGCUGGCAAGAGCUCGUGUCUACUGGCAAAAAAAGAACGAAAAGGUGCAAGAAGAAUAUGAACCGGUGCUGAGUAUUGAAUCUGGGGAUGUGAAAAUGUGGCCCAAGUACAAGAACCAGACCAUCCUUGACAUCUCUAAUAACCUCUCCAUCGUGAUCCUGGCUCUGCGCCUGUCCGACCAGGGCAAGUACACCUGUGUCGUUCAGAAGCCUGAAAAGGGGGCUUUCAAACUGCAACACAUGACUUCAGUGAUGUUAUGGGUCAAAGCUAACUUCCCUACACCUUCCAUAACUGACUGGGGAUCUCCAUCUUCUGACACUAGAAGGAUAAUUUGCUCAGCCUCUGAAGGUUUUCCAGAGCCCCACCUCUCCUGGCUAGAAAAUGGAGAAGAAUUAAGUCAAAACAACAAAACAAAAGUUUCCCAAGAUCUCGAAACUGAACUCUACACUGUUAGCAGUGAACUGGAUUUCGAUGUGACAAACAACCACAGCUUCAUGUGUCUUAUCAAGUAUGGAGGUUUAACAGUGAAUCAGACCUUCAACUGGAAAGCACGUAAGUGA